GUAAUGUAGUUUCAAAGGUUGUGUACAGUUGUCGACUGCACGUCUGAGGAACACGAUGUGACAGAAGAUUCAGACAGUUUUUCUGCUUCACAAGCUUCAGUGUGAGAGGAUAAACUUAUCAGUCUGUCAUCAUGAGGCCUUGACGUCUGGCUGUUCAUUCAUCACUAUGAGUGGCACUGCGUUGGCUGUUGUGGUCGUGGUCGUUUUCCUCUUGGCCGUCUACCUCCUCCAGCGCUAUGGAGAUUUGCGGAAGCAGCAGCGGCUGGUCCUGUUGGGGACGCUGCUCUCCUGGUACCUCUGCUUCCUCAUCGUCUUCAUCCUGCCGCUCGAUGUCAGCACGACCAUCUACAAGCAGUGUAUCCAUGACAAUUCAGACCACCCUACUCCUGUAACUCGAGCAAGAGGCGCUAAUCAGACAGACGACAGCUCCUCUGUUUAUCCACCUGUCAGUACACUAAAGGUUUGUGAGGAGCCAUGGAGUUACAUCCCAGAUGGCGUCCUACCAGUGUUCUGGAGAGUUGUAUACUGGACCUCCCAGUUUCUUACUUGGCUGCUGUUACCUUUCAUGCAGUCGUACGCACGGUCAGGAGCUUUCUCCAGAGUUGGGAAGAUUAAAACAGCUCUUAUAGAAAAUGCAAUCUAUUAUGGCACCUACCUCCUUAUCUUCAUCUCUCUGCUCAUCUACGUGGCUGCUCACCCACGGUGGGAACUGUCAUGGAGACAGCUCCAGACCAUCGGCAUUACAGCUGCCAACACCUGGGGUCUCUUCCUGCUGGUGCUGUUGCUGGGCUAUGGCCUGGUGGAGAUCCCCCGUUCUUAUUGGCUGUCGUCUUCCCGCGGUUACCUGCUGACCAAGACCUACUUCAAGGCAGCAAAAAUGGCGACUGAGAAGGCGUCAGCUGAAGAGAACUUAGCAGAUGUUAUGGAGGAGGUGGCAGGCGUCCAUGAAUCUGUCAGGUACAACCACUCUUUCAGGAAGUGUGUGGACACCAUUAUAACAAAGUGUCCCGCUGAGUACCAAGAAGAGUUGGGAAGAAAGAUGGAGCAUUCCUGUGGUGAACAGAAUGUCCUCCCCACCAAAUGGAGCCUGAUUAAACUUCAUAAAAAAGUAAUCUCUGCAGUGCAGAGACACAGUCAGACUGAGGUUCAGUGGUCUAUCUUGUUGGACCAGGCCUUUCAUCUAGAAGAUGUGGCUAAAAGCCAGAGCAGCCUGGUCCGACAGCUGAUCCACAGCUUCCCCUCAGCACACCAACACAGCUGGAUCCAUCGGUUCAUCUACACUCCUACUGUGGAGUGGUACUGGGAGUGUGUGUUCAGGCAGGGUUUCUACAGGCUGCUGGCGGUCCUCCUGUGUCUCCUCUCAGCAGCAGUCGUCUGGUCCGAGUGCACCUUCUUCAGCACACACCCUGUCCUCUCCCUCUUCGCUGUUUUUGUCCAGACGGCUGAAAAACAACAUAACUACAUCUGUAUCGAGAUGGUGUGUUUUGUCAGCAUCCUCUUCCUGUGUGUGUGUGUCUACUCCACGGUGUUCAGGAUACGAGUUUUCAACUACUAUUACUUGGUGCCACAUCACCAGACUGAUGCUUACAGCCUGCAGUUCAGCGGCAUGUUGUUUUGUCGUCUGACCCCUCCUUUGUGCCUCAACUUCCUGGGCCUGAUUCACAUGGACUCUGCCAUCUCACACCAAGACAGAAUACAGACAUCCUACACCUCAAUUAUGGGCUCCAUGCGUGUGCUGUAUUUCAUAUCUGAUGGCUUCUACAUCUACUAUCCCAUGCUGGUGUUGCUGCUCUGCUUUGCCACUUAUUACAGCCUGGGCUCUCGCUGUUUGAACCUCCUAGGCUUCCAUCAGUACAUCACUGACGACAGCUUGACCUCUGACCUGGUGGAAGAAGGAAAGGAACUAAUCAGAAGAGAAAGAAGAAAAAGACAGAAAGCUGAGGAUGGAGAAAAUCGAAAAUGGGCCUGGAGGGAGCGGUAUGGAGUCCAGGGGGCUACUGGGCGGACCAGAGCUGGUUACACUGAGUUGAAGGAUAACCACAGCAGUGCAACAGCAGAGAUCAAGAACAGUGUUAUCACAUUCAGCAGAGGAGAUGGGGAGAUGGAGGAGCAGCAGAGAGGCUUACUGCAGGAUAAUUCCAGUGAUGAAGGUUCACCAAACAGACGAUCCAAAGGAGGACGUUACCUGUCUCUGUCACCUUCUCGGUCGGGGAUCUUUGAUGAUGUUUGAUGACAGAAGACAUGGAGAGAGAGCAAUGACACUAGCAUAUGCUGGUACUCAAACUGGAACUGAAAAAAGGACAUAAAACUUAUCUAGGGAAGUCUGAAUAAAAAAAAGAUAUUAUAUUAUAAUGUAUCUCAGGAAAUAAAGAGGAAGAUCAUGUAUCUGAAACAUGGACAUACAAUCAGGUACAGUCAUACAUUGAAAGAGAUCACUAACUAUGGUUAAACUUUUGUACACAGCCAAACCCUUUUGAAUGUAUUUUUGAUAUUGUCCUUUAAAAAUAAUGUUUUACAAGCAUGAUUGGUGGAUAAAAGAGACAAAUACACACCAAAAAUAACUAUUUGUUGUCUGACUAUUUCAUCACUUAUUUUUGAACUGAAUAGCUCACUUUGGAAACUGUGAAACAAAAACAAAAUGAAAACUGACUUGUGUACUCAAAGAGAAGACAUCAACAACCAAACUUGUUGGAUAUUUUUUGUUUGUAUUUAUGUCUUGCAUUAAAGUCUGAUAAUGUUACCCA